CCUGAGUGCAGCCUGUAAAAGUGUUUUCUUUACUAGUUGAUGUUGUACCGAGAGAGAGUAAACAUUUAUAGGUUAGAUGGUGGUAUUAGUUUUUUAUCUGAAUUAUAAAGUUUAACGUUUUCCCAAAUUAACAGACACCGAAUUACUUUGAACAUUUGGAAAAUGUAUAAAUACCGCCACAGAUUUUCUCUUAUCUACGGAUAAAACAUUGUAGGUAUGUUGACGGCUAUGUUUCGUAAAGGAACAUGAUUAGAGAGCUUUCAUAACAGACGUAACGCAUGAAGGUAUUUAAGACGGACACACUAAUCCCCCUUUUUCUUCACGUGCUCUGUUUCCUUCUAAUUUGGCCAUCCAUCGUUGGUCAGUAUAAUGCGGUGGUUCUCCACUACGACAGUACGUGUUCUGGCAAUAUCUCUGUUCUGGACCAAGUUAUAGCCAGAGUUAUGAGACAGCCAGAAUUGAAGUUGGCUGCUAAAGUGACCAAUGUGAAACUUAGCAUUCGUUUGCCACUUCCAGGGUGUCUUAGCGGUUCUCUUUAUCCAUACGUUGAGGCUUUGAACGAGCCAAAUGUCCAAGCAGUGGUAGGAGCUGUGGCUGACCAUCUCUGUGAGGCCGCUGCCAUAUUGGCAAAUGUCCACGGGAAGCUGUAUGUGUCAGGGAGUUGUACAGCAUCUUCACUGUCAGAUAAGUCAAUUUAUCCGACAUUUGCCCGCACUGUGCCCUCAGCUGAUGCCACUGCCACGGCUCUGGCGGCCUUAGUAGCCACUCUCCGUUGGAAAUACUCCGUGUUGUUGGUGGUAAAUAAUGAAAGUUGGCGACGGCUGGCCCAAAAACUGGACUCAGCCAUCAGAGGUCAAGGAUACGUCGUCCGUGAUUUCAUCCUUAUACAUAGUAAAGCGACAGUGGAGGAGAUCAAGAACUUGCUAUCGACUGUGAAAGCACCUGUUAAAGCUAUUAUCCUGAGCAUGGAUGUUACUAUGCCCCUACUAGACAAUGUGUUAAAAGCUGCUGCUGAACUUGGUUGGGCCGACGGACGUUUCGCAUUCUUUGUCUUGCACGUAAUGACUACGUUACAUCCCACAUCAUUACCUAUAAUGUCCACAUUGUCCCUCGACAUUCUACGAGCCGUCUUUGUUGUGACUGUGGUUAACUCAAACACUACCUACAAUGAAAUUUGGAAAAGUGAAGAAAACGAAAACGUUUUUCAAGAAAUACUCAACACAACUUCUAUUGUAAGAACAAUAUGGAAAAUUAUUUUUCAUUCAAGCUUUUCAACUAGCAUUAUUGGUAACAGAGAGAGAUCUGUUGAAGAGGAUAGUGUGGCUAACGUUGCGCUCUACACAAGAAACGCCACUUUUCCUUCUUUAUUGGGAAAUAGCCAAACAGAUGAAGUUGGUGACCUUGUGGUGAAGUUUGUGCUACUUGACUUUCAACCAAAUGACCAUGUUUUCAGAGAAAUAGCAGACCUGAAUGUUGAUCGUGGAGAAGAUCUGUACGUAACAGACAACCAGUGGAUAAGAUAUAUAGACUGGCCUUCUGACCGACCGUUAAUUGCAGAUCCAGACUGCGUUAUCCAGGAAUUAGAUUGUUCUGCUUCUACAAAUGAUGCCGCUCUUUCAACUGAAGAAACCAUUGGGAUUAUUGUAUCCUUGUUAGCCGGUGUAACGGUAGCUCUUGGAAUUGCUGCAUUCAUCCGAAAGAAGAUUAUUUUCAAAGAAAUGAGAAAAAAGAUUUUACUAACAGUUGACGAUAUUGUAAUGACUCAUCCAAGCAAAAAGACAUUUCGUAACGGAUCUACAUUUGACAAGCCGGAUGUCAUCAAAGCUUCUCAUGAUUCUCUACGGCCUCACACCCACCUAAGUACUGGAAAAAGUGGUAGAGUAGCAGGAGCUGAACCGAUCAACUGUGCUCGUUUGAACGGCGACAUGGUGCACUUAAAACACUUCUAUACCACCACAACAUUCGAAAUGAAAGCAAAAGCAAUGAACCAGCUUCUUCAGAUUUAUGAGUUGCGUCACGAAAACAUCAAUCCUUUCUUGGGGUGUCUGUCCGACCCUCAACAACCUGCCCUUGUGUGGGAGCACUGUUCACGUGGAAGUCUAGCAGACGUUCUGGCUAGUGAGGAUAUUACACUGGACUGGCCAUUUAAAUUGUCUCUGCUUACAGAUCUAGUUAGAGGUAUGAGAUAUCUUCAUUCUUGUCCACUGAAGCAUCAUGGGAACCUGACAUCAAAAAACUGCGUCAUUGAUAGCCGAUGGGUGUUAAAGAUAACUGAUUAUGGUCUUCCGUUGUUUUUUGAAGCUCAAAAUUUACCCCCCGCUCCUGUAACAGCUAAAGAUAAAUUAUGGGCAGCCCCGGAACUAUUGCGAGAUGAAACUCUCCUGCGAAAAGGAAGUCAGGUUGGAGAUAUCUAUAGCUUUUCUAUAGUGAUGCAAGAAGUUAUCGUCAGAGGGGAGCCUUACUCCAUGCUGCAAUUAUCACCCGAAGAAUUGAUAGAAAAACUAAAGCGACCUCCACCACUCAUCAGACCAUCAGUGUCCAAGCAAGCAGCGCCACCUGAAGCUAUCAACAUCAUGAGACAGUGUUGGGCAGAACAUCCGGAUGCGAGACCAGAUUUUGGGCAAAUUAAUGAACAAUUCAAAAGACUAAAUCAAGGAAAAAAAGUCAACAUUGUCGACACCAUGUUUCAAAUGUUAGAGAAGUAUUCAAAUAAUUUAGAGGAUUUGAUCAAGGACAGGACAAUACAGUUAGACGAAGAGAAGAAGAAAACAGACCAGCUUUUGAAUAGAAUGCUACCCAGUACAGUAGCUGAUAGCCUGAAGGCAGGACUUCCAGUGGAACCAGAGAAGUUUGAGGAGGUCACCAUCUACUUCAGUGAUAUUGUAGGCUUUACCACAAUCUCUGCCUACAGUGAACCAAUGGAAAUAGUUGAUCUCUUGAACGACCUCUACACGGCGUUUGACAGCACCAUUGAUAACUACAACGUCUAUAAAGUUGAGACAAUUGGUGACGCCUACAUGGUGGUAGGAGGACUUCCUGUAAAAAUACCGAACCACGCCGAAGAAAUCGCCACAAUGGCUUUGGAUUUGCUUUAUGUCUGUGGCAAAUUCAAAAUUAGACACAUGCCUACCGUACCUUUGAUGUUGCGUAUUGGGCUUCACACGGGCCCAGUGGUGGCGGGAGUUGUGGGUCUAACAAUGCCUAGAUAUUGUUUAUUUGGAGACACCGUCAACACUGCUUCCCGCAUGGAAUCAUCGGGCCUAGCUUAUAGAAUACACAUCAGUAAGACAACAGAAGAGAAACUCCGAGACGCUGGGGGCUAUGAAAUCCGAAAACGAGGAGAAAUAACACUGAAGGGUAAGGGAAAACAACCCACAUAUUGGCUGUUCGGAAAAGCUGGCUUCGACAAAGAGCUACCGCUACCUUCAGAGGACGACGGAGAGGAAAAUCACGGAUUUAAGAACGAAGAUAUUUUUAAAGCGUUGGGUAGGAAGAAGGCAGACGGAUCAGAAAUGGAUUCUGCCCAAAACCCUGACGAGGAGACUUCUAAAGACCAUAGUUCUCCAGUAACCGAAGCUAACGUAGACACAGUGGCAGCAGAUUUGCUCAAGUUAACUCCAGUUUUGGCGGAUAUCGAAAGGAAAAUACAAACUCCAUUAGACUCUAAUAAAAUAAUAAUUUCGUCUGCCAAUAACAAGAACAGUUUUAAUAAACAAGAAAAGUGGACGUUCCCAUUUAGUUCCAGUCGCAUAAAGAAUCUUGACCAGCACAUACAAGGGAUGAAAGAGGACGGGUUAAACAUGUCCAACUCAACCAUGACCAGGGGUAGUAGUAGUAGUAGUAGUAAUUCCAGCACAGCUAGUCUCAUGGAUAUAAUUUCUCAGUUGGAGACAGUUUCUCUUGAGAGUCACGUGACCGAGACUAUCUAACUCGGUAGUGUCUGGUUCUGACUUAAUCCUGAUAAGAGGCAGAAAUAAAACUGUAAGUUACGAAAACUUCAUCACAUAUUUAAGAAAAAAGCUUAAAUAAUUCAGAUUAGAGAACUUUCCAGUUUUUAUGGUAUAGGUAAACUUCUCAAACAUCUUCUCCUUGAAGAGGCAGAUUUGUGACAUUUUACGUUUAUUGUUACUAUAUGAUCUUAACCAGCAGUAUCAUCUAUCUGAUUAUUCAUUACAAAGUUGUUGUUGUUUUUCAGAAACAGAACAACUAAAAUUAAUAGACAUGCCACAAAAAUAUAAUGUACUUGAAAUGUGUAUAUUAUUAUUGUUAAGAAAUCCAGACUAACUGCACAAAAGACAACGUGAAAUAUAUACACAAUACGUUAUAACGUUUAAUCCAUAUACAGUACAAAUGUUCUCUACGCGAAAUACAUAAGUCAUUAUGUGCAUUUCACAGGACGCAUAUCAAUAUCCAUUCAUUAACACAAAAUGUGUAAGUCAUUAGUAGAAGCCAAAUUAAGUACUUGUAUUAUUAACGUACAACCCUAAGUGAAUAACCCUACUAUCAACGUUUACCCUCUACAAAGUACACGUGUCACAAACUUAAAAUACAUGAAAACAACGCAUAACAUGAACAAAUACACCUGAAAUACACGUUCCAUCAACGUAUAAAUCACACAAUGUAAUCUUAAUAUCAGUGUGUCACACAAAUGAAGUAAUUCUGUCCAUACGAAAUAUACGUGCCAUCAACUUGCAUUAUACUUGUUGUAUCUGUUCAUCAACGUGCAAUCCACACGAAAUACAUGUGCCAUCAACUUGCAUUAUACUUGUUGUAUCUGUUCAUCAACGUGCAAUCCACACGAAAUACAUGUGCCAUCAACGUUUAAUUCAUAAAAUCAUAUGUAGGUACAUAUACUCUGUAUAAUAACAUACUGUAAGUUAGGAAUUAACAAUUUGUUUUGUAAGAAGUACAAUUAUAACCGAUUACCUAUUAGUGAGUGUCAGAAUUAUUCUCUUCUUAAAAUCAAACGAUAAUCCACCAAGCUGUGAACAUAGAACCGCUUCAUAUCGGGCCUGUGACAAAUCACACUCCUAGUAGUCUGGAAGUGUCUGCAAUAGCAUCGUGGCUCAACGAUAUCAAAAUUAGAGUCCUCAGAAUAUUUAAAUCCACUGUAAUAGCGAAUCUGUCGCUCUGAGCGGCCAGAAAAAAAAAAACGUCUUGGUAAGAGAACGUGCGAGUUCCUCGUUUCUACAUUUUCUCACCAGGCUUUUUCAACCGAUAAAGUGUGUGACUGAAAUACACGUAAAAUCCGUCCCUGAGAUUCGGAUAAAAUAGUGGACAAUCAAUUUUCACAAUAGUUUCCUGUGUCAAGGUAUUACUUUGACGAUUCGUACAUAGUAGGGACGAGAACUCUCAUCUAUCAAAAUUAAAUCAGGCCCAGUAGCACAGCGAAAGGACAACAAUAGAUGCCAGAACCUUGUUCUGGCGACACAUGAUUAGAACUGCCAUACCUGAUAAUCCACAGAUCAUUAAGGUCACCCACGUAGAUUUAUCCUCACACGGUCACCACCACACUACCCCAAUCCAGGGUGACCUUAAAAAGAUCAUGGUCUGCCAUAAUCGGAAUCAUUCAGGAGAUAAAUAUUCAAUUGUUAUAUCUUAGCACAUCAAUUAGCUUUCAUUCUAGUCUGCAGUAGUGUAAGGAAAACACUAUACCUAACCUAAUCUUUGUUUUUAAACAUCUUAUUACUGCUGUGGUUUUAUGGUCAUAUCUAUAUUUUGUAGAAAGAUGAUCUAUUUAAUUAUCUCAUUUCUUUAAUUUUCAAACAGCUAUAACCACUUUAAAAAAACAGCAACAGAUGAAACAUAAAUAUUUUCGAUCAAAUUAUACCUUUUUCGUAUAUUAUUAGAUUAACACAUGAUUCAAAGUUCAAAUGCUUUACACCCGGUGUGACAUGUAGACUUUCACGUUGUUGCAAGACCAAACAUUCCCAAUAGGUGAUCUAAACACACAACCAAUAUGUAAUCUAAAGAGUAAAUAAUUUUACUAUUUUGGGGGACACUAACCAUAUGCAAUACGUGAUCCAAAGAGUAAAAACGUCACGUCCAAUAUGAUCUGUAGGCUACAUCCGCUCAUUCCCAAUACGUGAUGUAAAGAGUAAACACAUUCACAGUUUUGUGACACUAACCAUAUGCAA